UAAUUCAUAAUAGUAGACUUAAAUUGUUUUGCAAAUAUUGUAUAACACACAUCAAGAUAUGCACUAGUGACACCACAGGAGUCUCUUAUGUCAAAUGAUGACAAUUAAACUUCAGAUUCUGAGUUGCCUUUUGUCUUUGUGUUUGCGCCAGUGCACAUUAUUUCACUUGGAGCAGCAUGGUCGACUAUUAGCAGAGUCCUAACCUCCGACUGUUCCGCAGGAAGCAGCCCAACAGAGUAUGGCCGCCCCGUUUCAGACUUUAGUUCCGAUAUCCCUGUGUGUACAAUCUCUAUAGCUUCUACAACUUCUGCCUCCGGUACUAUAGUCACAGCUGGAAGGGUCUUAGAAUGUUCAUCAGUGCAUGUACACCUGUGUUUCAAGGCCAGUAGCUCUUCUUUAGUGGCUUGUAAAUCAGCUGAAUGCUUAUCUUGCAUGGACUUCAGCUCCCAUUGAAGCUUGAUGUUUUGGGCCCGAAGGAAAUCGUUCUCGUCUUUAAGGUUGGCAAUUAUCGUCUGAGCUAUUUGCGACGUGGUGGUGGUCGUGUCAAAUGUCCUCAGAUUCAUGAUAGCUUCCACAGUUGCUUGCUCCCAUGAUCCCUGCGGAUACCGUCCUUCAAUGUCUAAUUUCCUUUUCUCGGACUGCGAGCUUCCCUCCAAAGUUUCUCCCAAAAUCGCCUCCUCUUCCAGCAUAAUUUUCAUGGGUAUUGGAGUUCUAUGAGGCUCUAUGAAGACUACAACUACCAGUCUAUUUCCGUAUUCCUGUGACUGAGCAGUGUAACGCUAACAAGGUAAACAGACGUUUCGGAAGAUGGCAAUUCCGGAAUGGCGCUUAUCCUUAAAGCUCAUGGAUCACCCGUCCCUUCCUAAGACGGUGUUGCAUUUCCCUGAGACCGAGCCUGGCGAUGUAACCCCUGGGGGUUACCGAGUUGCCACUUUGAAACAGCUGGUUGCGGCCCAGUUACCCGAUUCGGUGCCAGACCCAGACUUUAUAGAACUGGUGUACUGUGGUCGUAAGCUGAAGGACGACCUGACUCUAGACUCCUACGGCAUCCAGCCAGGUUCCACUGUUCACAUCUUAAAGAAGUACUGGCCAGAACCAGAGGUCAAGCCAGAGUCAGUUGACCGGACAACUGCAGCCAGGGAGUUCCGUGUGCUGCAGGCUGCCCUUCACACCAGCACGGCUUACAGAGACUCGGUAUUCAAGAUGCUGAACAAUAAGGAGUCUUUGGACCAGAUAAUAGUGGCCACACCAGGACUGAGCAGUGACCCAGUAGCAUUAGGUGUACUCCAAGACAAAGAUCUUUUUGUUCAUUUUACAGACCCCAACAUGCUGGAUAUGUUGAUAAGCUCUCACCCAGCUCUGGUCAAUGCUAUCGUCCUGGUCCUGCACUCAGUCGCUGGCAGCGUACCCAGCCAGCAAAGCGCCAGCUCCUCUCGUAACGUUUCCUCCAGCUCCUAUAGCGACAUGCCAGGUGGUUUCCUUUUCGAGGGCAUGUCUGAUGACGAGGAGGAUUUCCAGUCGGGGAACCGCGCUGGGCCAUCCUCCGGUGCUGGGGGUACAGCGGGGACACGGCCAGCCACCCUGGGCUACAGCGGUGCCGUGGGACCACGCCCAAUCACUCAGAGUGAGCUGGCCACUGCCCUCGCCCUAGCCAGCACUCCCGAGAGCAGCGCUGUCACUCCAACGACAGGAAACCAGUUGUUGGAAGUGCAGAACAGGUUUACAUCCCCCCAUGUUCUGGUUCUCAUGUCCGGUGUCCGGUGUCCUGUGUCUGGCAGGGGGCCUCCUCAGGGGUGUCCCCUGUGCCUGCGGGGACACCCAUCACCAACGAUAUCUUCAACCAGGCCCUACAGCAGGCCCUGCAGGUGUCCAGCAUGUCCUCUCUACAGACCCAGUGGCAGUCUCAGCUGCAGCAGCUACGGGACAUGGGCAUUCGAGACGAAGACCUGAUCCUGCGGGCGCUGCAGGCCACAGGUGGAGACAUCCAGGCAGCGCUGGAGCUCAUCUUUGCUGGGGGUGCGCCUUAGGCAGAAGGGUAUUCUGGGAUGCGGGAGGUCCAAAGGCUUAUGCUGUAUGUUGUACUGGACACUUGAAACAGCAGUGAUUUGUUUGAUCCUAAACCUAGCAACAAUGGUUCCAGUGCUCCCCUCCCAACAAGAACUGGACUUUAGGAGCCCUCUGAAAAUUGCUCAGUCUCUGAAGAAACAAAAAAAUGUUGUGAUGUGAUGUGUCCACUUUUUUUUUAAUUCUUUUUUUUUAAACUUUUGUUUCUAUGUACAAAAAAUAGACAGUAAUGAAUAAACUUGGAAAAUAGACAUGA